ACUUUUUGAACAGAGCAUUACUAUCAACUAAGAAACGAACUUCAACAAAGCGAAAUCUUUCUCAUUGAUCACAAAAUCAUCAUCAGAUAUGGCAGAGGAAAAGAAAGAUGCUGGUAGUAUGCGAACUGAGGAAUAUAAGCUAGAAGCAGUUUCAGAGCUUAGGUUUGAAGUGGAGACUGGCUCUGGUAAAAAUGUACAACUGGAUCUUUUGGAAGGAAUGGCUGAGGUAUUUGGUGCAGAGCUUACCAAAGGGAGACAAAUCACAUUUGAAGAAGGAGCAAAAGUGGCUGUAUUUACAUGGCAUGGCUGUCUUAUCAAAUUAUCAGGCAAAACUGAGGUGGCAUAUAUUGCUAAGGAGACACCCAUGGUGACGUACAUCAAUACUCAUGCUGCCUUGGAGCAGAUGAGACAGAAGGCGGAAAAGGAGAAAACACGAGGACCAAGGGUCAUGGUAGUGGGUCCUACAGAUGUUGGUAAAAGUACCCUAUGUCGUCUGCUCCUAAACUACGCUUCCAGACUUGGGCGUGCACCCAUAUUUGUCGAUCUGGAUGUAGGACAGGGUGAAAUAUCUAUUCCUGGAACUAUUGGUAGUAUAGUAGUGGAGAGGCCAUCAGAUAUAGAGGAGGGUUACAACCUUAACGCUCCUCUGGUAUUUCAUUUCGGAAGUGCAAGCCCAUCGCAAAACAUUCAGCUUUUCAAACUCCUGGUUUCCAAGAUGGCCGACACAGUUAACCAAAAAUGUGAUAAGAGUAAGAAGUGCUGUGCCAGUGGAGUCAUCAUCAACACUGGAGGUUGGGUGAGGGGAGGUGGAUAUGACAUGCUUAAACACACUGCUGGCUGUUUUGAAGUUGAUGUGAUAAUCGUGUUGGACCAGGAACGAUUAUACAAUGAACUAAAGCGUGAUAUGCCCGACUUUGUGGAGGUGCUUCUUCUACCCAAAUCUGGAGGGGUGGUGGAGAGAAACAGUAGUGUGAGGUCAGAUGAUCGGGAUUCAAAGGUCAGGGAAUAUUUCUAUGGCCUCCGUAAAGACAAUAAAGACAGCUUCUAUCCCCACCCUCUUCACAUCAGCUUCAAUGAUGUUAAAAUUUACAAAAUUGGAGCUCCAGCACUACCAGACUCUUGUCUACCUUUGGGGAUGAAAUCUCAGGACAAUAUGUUAAAAAUAGUCCCUGUUACACCAAGUAAUGGCCUGCUUCAUCAUGUUUUGAGUAUUAGUAUGGCUAACACUGUGGAGGACAACAUCCUGGAGUCUAAUAUCCUGGGACAUGUUGUUAUAACUGGUGUUGACUUGGAAAAACAGAUGUUCACAGCUCUUUCCCCAUCAGCCGUCACUCCACCUCGUAAUAUCUGGCUGAUGUCUGAGAUCCAAUUUAUGGACAUAGAAUGAUCAUGCUACUAUCAAUCUGGAUUACUAGGACAAUAUUAGGUCGGCCAUGUCGUGACCACUGGUGGCAUUGGGUCGGCCAUGUCGUGACCACUGGUGGCAUUGGGUUGGCCAUGUCGUGACCACUGGUGGCAUUGGGUCGGCCAUGUUGUGACCACAGACAGCAUGGUGUUGACCAUAUUGUGACCACAGACAGUGUGGUGGUGACCACAGACAGCAUGGUGUUGACCAUAUUGUGACCACAGACAGUGUGGUGGUGACCACAGACAGCAUGGUGUUGACCAUAUUGUGACCACAGACAGUGUGGUGGUGACCACAGACAGCAUGGUGUUGACCAGAAUAUGACUGGUGACAGCAUAUGUUAACCAUAUUAAAAGGCCCUUGAUGACCAUGUAGCUAUGUUGAGUGACCACUGGUCACUUGUUUUCUGGUCAAUGACACAGUACAGAAAUAUUGUAUGUUUGGUAGUAUUACACUUACAUCCUGUAUAUUAUAUACUACAAGGUUUACCAAUGAAGAUGAUCAGAAUAUCAUUAUAUAUAACUGAAUAAAUUCAAUAUGUUAAACUAUUUCUGUCCCAUAAUGGUAAGAAGUGGAUAACACAUGUUAUAUCCUCACAUAACAAAAUGGAUUUCUGAUUGUGAUAUUCCACUAACAGUCUGAUGUAUGUGCAGAGAGAUGUAAGCAAAAACGAUACAAAUCAUGCAUAUCAUUCAUUUCUUGUGCAAUGUGGCGGAAAAAACUAGUAUUACUGAUCUUGAUGUAUUUCUAGCGAGUGAAGCACAAACAAACUUGAUUCUUAAGAGAAAUGUUUUCAUGCUUGUGUUGAGUAAAAAUAUCAACAAAAUCAAUAUUUUGUAAGUUUAUAUACCAUUUCAU